GUGGCGCGAGCCGGUGUUUUGUGCCUAGCGGCUUAUGUGAAGAAGGUAGAUGCUUGGAUAACGCUGGUCUGGUUGCUAUCGACAUGAGCAGGCUGGACCGGGGCGAGGGGGCCGCUCCCCCUGAAAAACACAGCCUAACCACGGCGGAUGACCCCGACCCGCACCAGUGCCAGAAGUUCCUAGAGGAAACCGAGACGACACAGGUGAUGGCGGAGACGGGUGAGGGUAGCUUGGAGACGGACGCGCUCCCAUCGCCCCUGCUUCCAGAGGAGGAGGGCUUAUCUCGGGAUCCCGCGGGCUGGGUCCCUACUCCCCAGAUCCGACUCCAGGGGGGUUGCGGUCUCACAGCGACCGAAGCGGGGCGGGAAGAGGCUCCGCCUCCCCCGGAGGGCCUGGAAGCAGCUUCUGCUUCUGUGGCAACUGACAGCAGCCUGAAAAAUGGCUUUCAGGAUGGAGAGCUGCGCGGCCCUGGUGGGGAGAAGGCCCUAGAAACCUGUGGCGAAGAGCGGUCGGGGUCUGAGGAGAUGACUGGGGCCGAGGCCCAGGAAAUUAGGAAGGAAAAGUGCGCCAUCUUCGCAGUCGAAGUGGAUGAGGAGGAGAGGGCUGAGGUGGUGAAGUUGGAGGAGGGAGGCUCGGAGGAGAUGGAGAUGGAGAUGGGGGCGAAACCAGCAGAUGAAGAAAUGGAAGUGGUGGAGGAAAAUAGAGUGGUAGAGGAGGUGAAGGAGGAGGCAGGACCCCAGCCCCUGAAUCUGGAUCUCCGCAUGAACCCCUUGGAGGCCAUCCAGCAGGAACUGGACACUGUGAAUGCUCAGGCUGACAGGGCCUUUCUCCAGCUGGAGCACAAGUUUGGGCGAAUGCGUCGACACUACCUGGAGCGGAGGAACUACAUCAUUCAGAAUAUCCCAGGCUUCUGGGUCACUGCCUUUCGGAACCACCCCCAGCUGUCUCCCAUGAUUCGGGGCCAAGAUGCAGAGAUGUUAAGGUACAUCACCAAUUUGGAGGUGAAGGAGCUCAGACACCCGAGGAUGGGCUGCAAGUUCAAGUUCUUCUUUCGAAGAAACCCCUACUUCAGAAACAAGCUGAUUGUCAAGGAGUAUGAGGUCAGGUCCUCUGGCCAAGUGGUAUCUCUUUCCACACAGAUUAUAUGGCGCAGGGGCCAUGAACCCCAGUCCUUCAUUCGCAGGGACCAAGACAUGAUCUGCAGCUUCUUCACCUGGUUUUCAGACCACAGCCUUCCAGAGUCUGACAGGAUUGCUGAGAUUAUCAAAGAGGACCUGUGGCCAAAUCCACUGCAAUACUACCUGUUGCGUGAAGGGGCCCGAAGAGCUAGACGUCGUCCAGUAAGGGAGCCAGUGGAGAUUCCCAGGCCCUUUGGGUUCCAGUCUGGUUAAUCCUUGCCUUGAGAAUACUCCUGCACAAAGUCCCCUACCAUCUCCUGCUGGACCUGUGCUUGAUCAACAGCAACUUUUUUUGUGUUGACUUUUCUGAACCCUCCCUCCUCUGGACAUUCAGUCCCCUCAACCUCAAGAUUGAAACCUUGGUGGCCACGCUCUUCCCCUUCUACAUGGCCUUCCUGCUGUUUUCCCUUAACAUCACAUGCUGUAUGGCCCUAGUUCAUACCACAUCGAAGCCAGAAAGAUGAUGCUGUAGAUUUCAUUGCCUUUGUCUACACUGCUUGGAUCCUGUUUGUUCUCAGGGCCUCUGGUAUGGCUUCUACCACCUGAAUUUCUAGCUUUAGCUAAAGCUUGUUUUACCUGCCCUGUUUUCCAUUUUGUAGUACAAACAGAUAGCCUGUGGACAAUUGCUGGGCAUUAUUGAUAUCAAUAGAGAGCAUACAUGGGCUGCCUUAGGUCUGGGUUCUACAACUCUAUUGCUCUUCCUGCUGCUCUGGUUGCCUAUUGCUGCCUAGGACACCACUACCCCCUUGGCUGCUGCCUUCUGGAUGAACAUCUCUGGGACUGUUGUCAGCUGCAGUGUCUAGUUUCUGGUAAACAAGGAUCUCCAGAACUGGUGGUGGACCGAUGUUUUCUGUCAGCACACACAACAUUCUUCCAGUUCUCCCCCUAAAGACGUCUUUAUUCCUCACUUCUCCACCCCUGGAAACCAUACUAACAGGCAAGUGGUUGUGGUGACAAGCGAGACCCUGUCCUUGUGGCAAGAGUAAGGAUGGUGUCCUUUUCAAGUACCAGGAAAGGUACUCAACCAGUGAAUUCACACAAAACCUAGGUAUCUUUGCCUCCCAACUUUACCCUGAACAUUAGUGCCAGGGUGGUAGUUCUCUCAUUUCCAUCCCACCCAACCCCCUACUUUAUUUCUUUCUCCCCUGCUUACCUCCAUCUCUCUUUCAAAUAAAGUUAUUGCUGUGGAUCAUCUGCAAAAGCAGGCUUUUUAGUUUAAUUUGGUUCUCUUUAUCAUUCCCAGAGGCAGGCAGGCAGUCUAUUUAAAACUGACAGAACUCUUGUCCUGCUCUCUUUCCAACCCUCUAGCCCUAGAAAUACCCAGAAGGUUUAAGGGAAGAUAGAUCAAGAUGGAUUGAUAGGUAAUUUCUCCAGCUCUAGCAACAUCUAGAAGAUCCAAGAGAAGAUCUAGAUGGAAUGAAAGGUAAUUUCUAAUUCAGUCUGAAUGAAAGAACUAGAGAGAUUGUGGUGGGUGCCCUAAGCAGGGAAAACUGAACAGAAAGCCAGAGACCAAAGUGAGCUAGGUGGAAAUUGGGUCUAGAAGUAGGACUGUACUGAGAGCUUACAAGGAAGGGAUACUUCCUUAGUCAAUGUUGGUGGGAGGAGAAAUACUUUUCUCAGGACUGAGAAGGGAGAAUUGAAGGGGUUGAAAUAUUACAUGUGUUGCCUAGAGAAGGGUUCUUUAAGGAAACAUGAACAAUGCAACUUUGGGUGUUUUUCUCUUGUUUUCAUGUGAAUUUGUUUAUGUGGAAGAUGAAAGGUGUGUUCUUUACUUCACUAGCAUUUAGUAAAAUCCUAUUACUUUCUCUGUUUCUGCUUACUGGAAAUGUAAAGCUGUACAGGCUUUCUUUUGCUUUCAGUUGGGAACAUAUCGAAGCUUACCAGUCUUACUUUCCUGUACAAUAUUAGACUUCUGUGAGUAUUUCUAAUAGUUUUCAGCUUGUUCUUGUUUUUGUCCACACUGUUUCUUUAGAUAUAUAAUUUGGAUAACUUGGUCUUAUCAGACUCUGAAAACUUUGAAAAUUAUUGUCUUCUGGAAAAAUAACCUGCAAAAAAAUUUGUGGCUCUUAAUGUCUUACUCAAUAAUUUGCUCUGGUAACAACUUAGUAAUUGAUGUGUCUCUUUUUUUCUAAGUAGUAUAAAAACUGGUGAGAUUGCUUUGUCAUAUUAGAAAUAUACCAUUUGCAUAUUUGUCUUCUGUUACAUGCAUGAUGAUAAAAUAAAAGUACAUCACUUGGCUA